GUGGAGUUGACGACUGCGGACGUGUUCUGGAAGAUCUACAGCUCCUUGAAGGCCUCGGCCGAAGAACUCUCAGAGACCUUGAAGAAGGUGUCACAGGAGAGGACCCCAUGCGAAGAGGAUGAACCUCCUGAAACGGUGCAGAUACGGCCCUAUGCCUCCGUCCCCAGGAGACUUGAGCUGUACGUGCCCUGGAAGAGCUUACAGCCUUUCGCGCAAGAGAUGGAUGCGCAGGUUCAUUUAGCGAGCUCUUCCCACGUGUUGUUCCCAUCUCUCUUCAACUUUGUGUCGGGCUUUGAAGGCGGCGUCACCUCCUUUGCCGUGCUGCAGCUGACGGAUGCCCAUCUGGUAGGCUCCAUGUUGCCCCUCUCUGCCUGGGACAUUGGCGCAGUGGUGAGCUCACGCGUUUGUGGCGCCCUUUGUGGUUCAACGCUCUUGCUAUGUAGCUCCAAGGAAACCUCCAGUCGAGAUGUCCUUCUGUGGACUGCAGUGGGCAUCACAGCCAUCUCCCUUGGAACUUUCUUCGCAGAUCGCAACACUUUGCUGCUGCUUCGCUUUCUCGCCGGCCUCGCUGAAGGCGUCUCCUCACCUGCCAAAGCCGCAUACGUCGUGGAGACCGUUGAGGCGGAGCUUCGUGGUGCCUCCAAUGGGACGCGCUGGGCCGCCUUCGCCGUGGGCUCCUGUGCGGGUGUGGCAGCUGGAGCUUUACUCCAACCCAUUCCAGGCUCCUGGCAGAUGAUGUUUGGUGUCUGCGCUGUUCCGGCAGCUGUUGCUGGGGCUGGGAUGCUGAUGUUGCCCCAUUCUCCCAGAUGGCUGGCACAUGCCGAUAGUGCUUCUAUUGCCUCAUGUGGCCUCCGGGGCGAUAGCCAGUCCCUGGCACUCGCUUCACUCAAGGUUCUAAGACCACGAAGAAAAGAUGAAGAGCUUCUGACAGAGCUCAGUAUCAUAUGCCAAGGUAGUCGGAAUACGGAAACCCCCAACGCGGACGUUUGGGAGAUGUUGCGACAUCCGGCGACCGAAAUCAGUGCCAUGCUGAAUUUCUUCAAGCAAGCGAAUGGAACCAUUGCUGUAACCACCUACCUGGCCCCAGUGAUGGCUGCCAUGGGCUUCCGAGAUCACUUAGCAACCUUCAGCGUGGUGUUGACUGCCGUGCGGUCCGUCUCCACUCCUAUGGGCAUUGUGCUCAUGGAUAAGUUGGGUCGCCGUGGCAGUCUGCUGCUGGGUUGCUUGGGAAGUGCUGGAUCCAUGUCAGUGCUUGUGCUGUCAAACACCUUUGGACACGCUUCAGGUUUGAUGACCUUGUCCUUCGCUUCGUUGGUCGCGUCCUCCGCUCUCUUUGAGCUUUGCUGGGCACCGACCUCUUUCCAACUCACAACGGAGUUGUAUCCGCAAGAACUGCGGCAGCACGGCUUAGCCUUGUCCCAUGUGUUCAACUACGGCAUCAAGGCCUUAGAGAUGCAGCUCUUCCCGUUGCUGCUGGGGGUCACCGGUCUGUCGCCGCUCUUCGGCGCCUUUGCGGCGGUGAACGUCGCGGGGGCCCUGGCGGUGUUUCACCUGGUGCCGGAGACCUCCGGCCGCAGCCUGGAAGAAGUGGAGCUGCAGCUCUGGCAGGAAGAAGAGUGA